AUGGGGCAUUGCAUGGACAUGCAGUACAAUGUUGCUACAAUCUACUUAACAUUACUAUGGACCCCUAUUUAUGGUGAGUUUGAUGAUCAUAUUGCCAACCCAAAACCAAUCUGCCAAAUCAAUCUCUCUUGUCAAUCUUUCUCAAUACUGAUUUCUCCAAAAACCCUCGCCGUCCACGCAGCUUCUCAUCGUCCGUGCAACUUCACGGCCUUCUGUCGAUCGCAAGCCCGGCGCACCAUCACAGCCUUCUCGUCGUCGCCGCACCUUCUCCGGGCCAUCCACAGUUUGUUGACCGCGAGCCUGAGUGACCUCCUUCGAGCGACCGUCGUCCGUCGACCGCCCGCCGUUGUCCGUCGACCGCCGCCUGCCGUUCUUUGUUCUUGUGAGAAGUUCAUAUACUUGCUUAAGUUGCACCUAGUCUCUUCCCCAAGAAAAUUAUGUGAUACAGGGGAUUUCGAACUGAGCCCUAACAUGAAGAUCAAGGUUGAUUAUGAAUACAAAUACGUUGACGAUCCUGGUAGAGUUACCACCCGAACAAUGGAUCAGAGGGUAAUCCCUAUAUCAUUUGCUGAGUUGGAUGUUGUCAAGUUCAAACCAGAGAAUGGUUUGAAACUUCUAGGUUUUAUGGAGGCUUCAAAUGUCAUGAGCUGGAUUCUUUCUAUUUCAAAGUACUUCCUUUUGCGGAGGAUGUGGGAGUUUCAGUUUCCAUCUCUUAGCAAUUUGCCUUCGACAAUGCAGCCAACCGAACAACAACAAGAGGUUGCUGAUAAGUUGGUCCAAAUGCUUGAUCUUGCUCCACCUGACAGAGAGGAAGCCUAG